AUGAACUUCAAUGAUCGACAUGAGAACUCCACUGAGGUGCCACCAAGCCCUGCAUCCGUGUGCAGCAGUGUUCAUGAAGAUCUCUGGAGGCCAACAGAACCUAUCAGCUCAACAUCAAAAUCAAAUGUACUUUCCCUAGAAGAUAAUGCUAUGCCACAGUUUUUUCGAGAAAUCAGCUCUAACCUGCAUGAGCUGCGGAGGCAGCUGAAUCAACUUGAGUCUGAUGGUUCCGAUGAGACAAUCUUCGAAGAGCAGUCUUUGGAAGCUGAGAUGGUGGAGUUAGAGGGCCAUGCAGAAGCUUACUUAAGAGAUUUGCUUAUUGCUUCUGGCUUGUAUGAUGGUUCANAGCUGCGGAAGCAGCUGAAUCAACUUGAGUCUGAUGGUUCCGAUGAGACAAUCUUCGAAGAGCAGUCUUUGGAAGCUGAGAUGGUGGAGUUAGAGGGCCAUGCAGAAGCUUACUUAAGAGAUUUGCUUAUUGCUUCUGGCUUGUAUGAUGGUUCAUCCGAUAGAUAUUUAUCAAGAUGGGACACGCUGGCAAGGCCAAUAAGCUACCGGGUUUUUGAAGAAGUGGAAGAGUCUUACAGAAAAAAGACCAAGGAUUGUCAAGGGUCCUUGGAGGAUGAUGGUGAAAAGAAUAUAGAUCACAAGUUGUUGCUGGAUUUGUCAAAUGAAGCACUUUCAAUUGUACUUAGGCAACCUCUGACCAUGUCUAGAUUCAUGAAAAAGGCUAUUGGUCCUGUGCUGCAACCUCCACAUGGACGGAAGUUAUUGGAUUGUGUGUGGCAAAUUAUUCAUCCAUUCGUAUACCCUCCGGAAGGGAAACCCUAUUACUGUCUUGAGAGUAUGGUGGCCGAAGAUCUGCAGUCAGCACCAUGGUCUGGAUUAAUGGAUGACGAUGUUAACGCUAUGGGGAAAGAGAUAGAACAUCAGAUUAUUGGAGAUCUGAUUGAAGAAAUAGUUAAAGACACGUGA